AUGUUCAACAAUAAAUAUCCGAACAGAGAACCUGUAAGUCAGUCUACAAUCAGUAGAAUUGAGGCUAAGUGGAGAGAGACUGGAACUGUUAAGGAUCUUGGCAAACCUGGUAGGCCCGGCGUUCCUAAUGACAAAAAACUGGAUAUCCUGGUUUCAUUAAACGAAAAUCCUAACCUCUCAAGUACUCAGCUCGCUUUAGAUAAUACAGUUCAUAGAUCGACUGCAACAAAAUUUUUAAAGAAGGAAAAGUGGCACCCUUAUAAAAUUCAAUUACUUCAAGAGCUACUUGAAGAUGAUCCAGAUCGCAGAAACGAAUUUUGCCAGACCAUGACCGAAAGAACUGAUAAUAACCCUAGACUAGUAAAACAGAUAUGCUUUUCAGACGAGGCAACGUUUUGUUUGAAUGGAGAAGUAAAUAGGCAAAAUUUUAGGUACUGGGCACCAGCAAAUCCACACUGGUUUACGGAAAGUCAUUCUCAGUAUAAUGAAAAGGUGAAUGUAUGGGCAGGGAUUAUUAAUAACAGAGUAAUAGGACCAUACUCCUUUGAAGGAUCUUUGACGGGAGAACGUUUUCAUGACUUUUUAGUAAACGACUUGAUUCCAGCACUGGCGACACUGUAUCCUGAUGAAAAUAUGCCAGACAUGCCAAACCAAGCGUUAUGGUUUCAACAGGACGGGGCACCGCCCCAUUAUGCUGCGAUUGUUAGAAGAUUCCUAGAUGAUGUUUUCCCAAACCGGUGGAUAGGCAGACGUGGAUCAAUAGAGUGGCCACCUAGGUCACCCGACGUUAUGUCAAAAAUGAAGUGUACAAAGAUAAGCCACGCACGCUUGAUAUCCUCAAAGAUCGUAUUCAUAACGUAA